AUGAUACAACAACAAGAGAAUACAUUCAUUGAUUGGAGUAAACAAAGUUUAUCAAUAUCAAAUAAUUCAUCGAAUUAUAGAAAAUGGUUAUUAUUAAUUGUUUCUGCUAUUUUACUAGGUUAUACUACUGCUUUUAUUGAUUUAAUUUCCAUUUCUUUAAAUGAUAUUAAAAAAGGAAUAUGUUUUAGUAAUACUAUUGACUGGACUUUAUUAAAUCCUUAUCAAACUUGUCCUGAUUGGAAUCAUUGGGGUCAAAUUUUAUUUGGUUCAAAUAAUUUAUUUAGUCAAUUAUUUAUAAAUUUACCUAUUUAUUUAAUUAUUGCCAUUAUAUAUGUAUUAAUUGGUACUAAAUUUACAAAUUAUUGGUAUUUAAUUAAACAAUCUGGUAUACCUGAAAUUAAAUUAAUUAUAUCUGGUUUUAAUUUAAGUAUUGAUCAAUAUCUUGGUUUAAAAACUUUAAUUUUUAAAAGUUUUGGAAUUAUAUUUGCUGUUGGAUCUGGUUUAUGGUUAGGUAAAGAAGGUCCUUUGGUUCAUAUAUCUUGUUCAAUUUUUAAUAUAAUUUAUAAUUUAUUUAAUUUUAAUAAUGAAGCAAUAAGAAGAGAAAUUUUAAGUGCAGCUACUGCAACUGGUAUAUCUGUUGCUUUUGAUUCUCCAAUUGGUGGUGUUUUAUUUGUUUUAGAAUGUUUUCCAAGUUAUUUUAUGCCUACUAAAAUUAUGUGGAAUUCUUUUGUUUCUGCAACAAUUUCAGUAAUUGCUUUAACUGGUUUUAAAGUAAUUACAGAUGGUAGAAAUUUUUUUGAACAAGAUUUAUUUUCAGUUAAUUUUGGUAAUUUUAGUUGGUUAUUUAUGGAAAUUAUACCUUUUAUAAUGUUGGGAUUUAUUGGUGGGAUUUAUGGAUGGAUUGCAAUUCGAUUAAAUUCAAAAUUUUCAAAAUUAAGAAAUAAAAUACAAAAUAAAUUACAUCCAAUUUAUGGAAAUUAUUAUGAAAAUAUCUUAUUAGUUAUAUUUACUACUUUACUUAAUUUUCCAGUUCAAAAACUUGCUUUAAAUGCUUUUUUAAAAGAAAUGUUUAAGGAUCAAUCUGAUUAUUUCCCAACUAAUUCAAUUACAGCUAUUAAAUUACUUUAUAUAAUUAUACAAGGUUUUUUCUUAACUUCAUAUACUUUUGGUAUUGAUUUACCUGGUGGUAUAUUAAUGCCAUCUUUAGUUCUUGGUGCUGCAACUGGAAGAUUUUUUGGUAUAUUAUUUCAAAUUUUACAAUCUAAAUUUAAUUGGGAUUCUUUAGCUACUUGUACUGAAAAAUCUUGUUUAGUUGAUCCUUCUUCAUAUGCUGUUAUUGGUGCUGCUGCAUUCAUGACUGGAAUUACAAAAUUAACAAUGUGUGUAGUGGUUAUAAUGUUUGAAAUGACAGGUGCAGUAUCUUAUGUAUUACCAAUCAUGUGUGGUGUAAUGACCUCAAAAUUCGUAAAUGAUUGGUUACAACCUAUAAAUAUUUAUGAUACUUGGUUACAAAAUAAUUUCAAUAAAGAUAAAAUAAUUAAUAAUAUUAAUAAUAUUAAUGAUAGUAUUGAUAGUAUUAAUAAUAUUAAUAAAGGUAAAGGAAUAGGUUUAGUUUCAUUUUCAAAUUUAACAACUACUUUAAAAUCAAAAUUACCAGAUAUAACAGUUAAACACUUAAUGAUACCUUUAAAAAAAGUUAAAUGUUUAUGUUUAAUACCUGAUGUACCAUAUACUUUAAAUUUUAUUCAUGAAUUUCUUAAUGAUAAUCAUGAAGGAUAUCCAAUAAUUAUUAAUUAUGAAAAUCCAAUAUAUAUUGGAUAUGUAACUAAAGUGGAAAUUUUAAAAAGAAUAGAAUAUACUGAUCUUCCAAUUAGUUUUCAAAUUUCCAAUUUAAAUAAAACUACAACAUCAAUACAAUUACAUUAUGAAAGAAAAUUAGAAAUUUUCAAAAAAAUACAUUUAAAUAUAGAAAAAUCAAAAUUAAUAGUUAAUGAUUUAUCACCAGCUAUUUUAAUAUUAGAAGAAUUCGAAAAAUUACAUUUAAAUUAUUUAACUAUAUUAAAUCAAAAUAAUAUAAAUGAACAAUUAUUAAGUGGAUUUAUUGAUAGAUUUAUAUUAAAUAAAAUGAUUGAUUUAAAAUUUGAUAAUUUAAUAAAUAAUGAAUUUAAUGAUUUUGAAACUAUAAAUCAAUUUGAUAUAGAAACUGGUAAUGGUCCGGGUAAUGGUCCUGGUAAUGGCCCUGGUAAUGGCCCUGGUACUGGUCCUGGCGAUAAUGGUGAUAAUUUGUUAUCAUCAAAGUUGAGACUAAAUAGGAAAAGUAUAGAAUUGAUUACAUAAUACAUAUACCAACUGAUCACAUAAGCUGUUUCAUAAUUUGUAAACAAACUACCAAACAAUUUUGUUUGAUUUUAUCAUGAAUAAAAGUAUAUUGAAAGAUGAUACAACAAUACCAUUGAAUAAUAGUAGUUCGCGAAGGGUGUCAUUUAAAUCGGAAGUUACAUUACAUAAAAUUGAUUAUAUUUCAAAUAAUAAUAAAAGAAGGAAAACAAAUCAAGGUGUAGAAAAUCAUCAACAUUUACAACAUAAUGAUGAUAAUGAAGAUGAUGAACAUGAAGAAUUGUCAAAAUUAGCUCCAGAUGUGACUUUUGAUAAUAUGAAAUUUAAUUUCAUAAGUAAUGAAAAUGAUAAAGUUGUAGAUUCUUCAGAUGAAGAUUCAAAUUUGUUUAAAGAUAUUCCAAAAAUUUAUCACUCUGAUGAAGAAAAUGAAAUAAAUCAACAAGAAUUAACUAUGGAUAUAACUAAUGUAAAUAAUGUAAAUGAAAUUGAAGAACAACAAGAUAUGGAAAUUACUGAACCAAUACAAAAAAUUAUACAUUUACAAGAUGAGGAUAAUAGUAAAGUAGUAUCAAAAAUAGGGAGAGAUGUAGGUGAAGAUAAUGUAAUGGAAUUGACCGCACCAGUUGAGAAAAUAACUUAUUUAGAAAGUAAUGAUAACCAUAAUGCAGUAUCAAAAAUUGAUAGAGAAGCAGGCGAAGAUAAAGAAAUGGAAUUGACUACACCAAUUGAAAAGAUAACUUAUUUAGAAAGUAAUAAAGAUGAUGAUAACAAAGAAAAUAAAGAUCCAACAGCAAAAUCAAAUACAAUCAACUGUGAGUCAAAUACUCAGGUUGAAAUGGAACUUACUCAAACUGUUCCUAAUCGAGUUGACAUGAAACAAGAAAGUAAAGAUCCGACAGCAAACUUAGAAAAACACGACAGCGAGUCAAAUCAUCACGUUGAAAUGGAAAUUACCCAAAAUGUUCCUACUCAAGUUAAUAUGGAACUUACUCAAAAUGUUUCUACUCAAGUUAACAUGGAACAAGAAAAAGAUUCAACAGCAAAAUUAGAAAGAAACGACAGCGAGUCAAAUCACGUUGAAAUGGAAAUUACCCAAAAUGUUCCUACUCAAGUUAAUAUGGAGCUUACUCAAAAUGUUCCAAGAAUAAUUUCAAACUGUGAACUGAAUAUUGCUAAACCUCGUGAAAGAAAUCAUCAAAAUGAUGAUUUAUCAAUAAUUAUGGAAGAAGAGAUUCCAAUUGAAUUAACACAAACUACACCGCUGAUAAUAAAAGAAACAGAUUUAAAUAAUAAUGAUCCAAUUAUAGGUGAAAAAAAAGAAACAAUGCACUUAACAGUUAAUUCAAAUAAAGAAAAAAAUUCAGAAGAAGAUAAUGAUGAGCUAUCUCAAGUUUCAAAAGAUGAUGAUUUAAAUGAAGCACCAGUCUAUGUGAAUACAAAUGAAGAUGAACCACCUAUAGCAAUUGAAAAACAAAAUACUGUAUCUCAAAUUCCAAAUACUCAAUCACAAGAGUAUAAUUCACAAAUGGAGAAAAGGUUAGAAAAUACUUCUGAUGACGAAGAAAAUAAUUAUACAUUAAGUGAAUUUUUGCUGGAUCUAAAUAUACAAUUUUAUGAUUUGAAUUUAAAUUCAAAUCUAAAUUUAAAAUUUACCAAUCAAUCCAGUUCAAAAGAUCCAACAGAAGUAGAAUUUAUACUUCUAAGACCUAAUUUAAAAAUUUUUGAACUUUACAAAUUCAGUUGUCUUGAAUUAAAUAAGAAUAUAAUUGAAGGUAGAAAAGUAUACAAUGAAUAUGAAGAAAUUAUUAAAAAUAAUAAUCCAAUCAUUUUUAAAAAAUAUAAUUCAAGUGAAGACAAAUCUUCAAUGAAAGUUAAAAUAGUUAGAAUUAGAGAUUAUACAAGAUUACAAAGUCGGAAAACAUGGUAUAAUUGGAGAAGUCAAUUAACUAAUAAUGUGGUAGAAGAAAUACAAGAUGAUAUAAAAUCAUUAAACACUGAUAAAGAUAAAUUGAAAUUAAAUAUUGAUAAACUUCAACAUGAUAUAAGUAACAACAAUACAAAAUUGGGAUAUUUGAAACAAAAACUUGCCAAAUUAAAACAAUUGAAAAGUAAAAAAGAAGCUUUACCAAUUGAAGAGUAUAACAACUUUAAAGAUGAAUUGAUGAAUACAAAUAAUAAAAAAGUAACUGAACCUGAAGAUGAAUUUACUCCACUUCGAAAAAUACCAAACCUUGUUCAAUCUGAUACAACUACAUUCCUUUAUGAUAACGUUAUUGAAAUUGAUUUAUCAUCUAAAUUUGAAUACAGAAUUUUAAAGAAUAUAUUAAGAAAUAAAUCCUUAAUUCAAUUUUUCAAAUUAAAGAAACAAAAUAAUUUAAUAAAUCAAGUUUAUGAAGUUGUUAAAUUAUGGAAAUGGUUAAAAUCAAUUGAUUUUGAAAUUUAUAAAUUAAGUAUUAAAUAUCCAGUAAAGUUAUCCGAUCAAGAUUUUACAAUUUCAUAUUUUAAUUUUAAAAAGAAUUAUAAAUUGA